GACUCAACUGCUACGACAAUUAUAGCUUUUUCGAAGGUGUGACGAAGCGCCAUGGAGAUGUUACCAGUUGAGAUUUUGGAGACAAUCUUCAAAAACCUCCGCUACAGUGACCUGAAGCAAGCGUCGGCAGUUUGCCACCUUUGGUACAAUGUCUACCAACGGUCAUCGUUCCUGUCCAAGAUGGCGGUCCACUUCAAGAAGGAACUCACACCGGACACGAUUGAACUGUUCCUCAAAAGUGAAUGCCUGUAUCAAAAUAUCUGCUUCACGUCCAUUCCGUUCUACGACGUUUCCAAAUCGAAGCGUAACCUCUGCCGCCAGGAUGUCAUCUACGAGGAUGUCAGGUUUAUCGGUCAACUUCGUCGAUUGCUAUCGAAAUUCGCCGACUCCCUGCAGAUGUUGUCUUUCUGUAAAUGUCACCUGGAACGUAACAGACUUUUCGAAUUUCUUCGCAUGAUACCUGACCUCAUGAGCCUGGAAGUGGAAGAGUGCAUCUUUGCUGGGGACGAUACGGGUCAGACACUUCAGUUGUCGAAGUUGAAGAAAUUUAACUUCAAAUAUCCCGAGGACGAAAUUCAGCGAUUUGAAUCGGGUCAUAUCUACUACAAUAUGGCAAAUAAUCAGUGCUGUUUGGCCAAAUUGAAGGUCCAACUGCUCGUUAAUGAAAUGUUUGGUGACCUAGAUAGCGACUUGUGGGAGCAAGUGAAAGCAGUAGCUCGAAUGGUUAAGCACCACAAGAAAACUAUGAAGUCGUUCAAGGCGGACAGUUUCAAUGAUCCUGCUUUGAAAAAACUUCUGUUUGAUGAUGACGAACUUCAGCUGGAGAAGGUCGUUUUCGGAGAAUUGAAGCUACGGAAAGAUGAUCAAGUGUUCUAUACUUUUGUGGAAAAACAAAGGAAAAUUAAGAAACUGGAAAUUGCAAUUGAAUCCAACCUGGAUGCCAGUAACGAUCAGUACCUGAGGGCCAUCUGUGACAAUUUGGAGCAGUUGGAACAAUUUUACUAUGACAUGUCACGCAACUCCGAUGGUGGUUUGGAGAAUCUUCAGAAACUACGGAAAUUGAAAAAUCUAGUCUUGACCAAAAACCGCAACACAGUAGCUCUGACGGAACACUGUUUCGAUCAGAUCUAUAUGCCUAAUCUCAAGUCCUUGGGCAUAUGCUACAAGGAACUUCAAUUGCCAGCCGUUCGACAGAUACCGAUCAGCUUCCCGAACCUGAAGGCACUCAACCUCAGCGAAUGUGGUAAAGCCGUCAUCGAUGAAACGGUUCAACUCAUCUUCCUAUCGUUACCGGAACUCGAAAGCCUUGAUCUCAGCAAAUGUAAGCAAGUUACCGAAAGGGCUUUUCUGGGAACGACUCGAAUAAGUAGUUUAAGGAAGCUGAAAGAUCUGGUGCUGGAAAAGUGCGAUGGAGUGACGGAUUUGUCGCUAGGAGCAUUUGACAAUCCGGCACUGAAAAGCAUCAGUUUGGCCAUGUGUACCCGGAUUACCAACGUGGGUUGGGAAGCAUUGUGCAGGCAAUGCCCAAAUAUUACCUGGUUGAAUGCUUCACACUGCAGGAACUUUGAUGACGAAUCAGCUAGAAUUGUAGCUACCAUGCUGCGAGAGCUGGAAAUCCUGAACUUGUUCAAGGACUGCUCCCUAACGAAUGCGGCAGUUUAUUGCAUCGUGGAAAACUGCCAAUAUCUGGAGGAUCUCUGUCUCACUAAAUGUCGAGGUGUGAAAAUGAAGAAAGCCGAAUAUUUCGAUGACAAAAUGAACCGCGUCAAUAGAGAUUGCUUGAAAAAUCGAAAACAAACCUUGCCGUAAGUUAAAAGUAU